AUGUUACUCUUUAUGAUAUGCUGGGAUUUGCUUUUUGGUUGUAAUGGUGAAAAUAUCGAUUUGAAUCUACACGUUGAUCGUGCAAAUUGGCUUGAUCCGAAUGAUCCUCUUGCGUCAUCGUCAUUCUGCACGAAAAACACCCUAGAUCAAUUAGCAAUCUGUCAAGCAAAUCUGAAGAAAUGUUUGAAAGUUGAAGGUCAUGUUGAAAAUUAUUAUGUGCAUGAUUCAACGCUGAAACUUAUUAUACGGAAUUUCUUGUAUCGUAUGGAUGUUGACAUUGAUAAGACAAAUCGCGUUGACCGGACUGUAGAAGUAUAUUUAAAUGCUGAUAGUUUGGCUGUGCUGAAGAAGUAUUUGAACUCUAAAGAUGAAACAGUCACAAUGCGCGAACAAGUUCGGGAAGUUCUGGAAGGAAUGAUUGUUCCGCAGCACUAUGAUGAUAUAUCAUUUGUAAAGCGCGCUCUCGAUAUGAUCGCUACUUUUUUACCUCUGCUGAAUGCUGUAUUAUUGGCGCCAGCUCUGAUAAUUCUCUACCGUAGCCGCUUCUCCAUACGUUCUUUUAUUUGGCUUUUUUUCUUCAUAUCAUUCGUUAUAUCAGUGUUUAAUACUUUUCACAAGAAAUAUCAGGCCAAUAUUGCAGCUAGGAUGUCACGUGCCGAAAAAUCACUCGCUGAGAAAUGUAAAGCAGAUAGUUUUUUAUCCACUGCUAUGAAUAUGAUUUCAGGAUUAUUCGUCUUAAAAGGAGAAAGCGAAUGUGAACAGCAUUACAAGGACCUGUAUGUUAACCCUAUAUAUGAAAUUUCACCACUUGAGGUGAUUUGCGAGGUUUUGUCAAAUUUCAUAUUCACUUCUCUUGGUGUAUUUGGACGUCAUCUUAAUAUCUUUUUCAAUGAAUUUCUCCGUGACUCUCCGUUGCACUUCAUUGUCGUGAAAAUAUUAGCUUUCUUUUUCCUUACAGUGGCAUUUCUAUUUUGGCUCGGUGGUUACCGAAUCCAUACCUUUAUGACUACAAUAGAACCAGCUGGUACUGCUCACAGGAUGACGCGAAUGCUACAGCGGUCUAAUAACCGAUCUGGUGAGGAACGACCGAAAAUAAAGAAUUCAAAAUCAAGGACUGCGUUGUCAACACUGCCAAUUGACUUACAACGGAAUCGUAAUACAGUUUUAAGGCGUCGUUCAUUGAGUGCAUCUCGUUUAAGCGCAGCAACUGACCGGUGA